AUCGUUUUUAUUUUGAAUAGCUCUGGUCGUAACUUAGCCGUUUGUUUGAUGUCCGUCAAAUUCACAUUUUCCACACGACUGAUAGGCAAAUGAAGUAAUCGUACCGACCUGCAGUGUGCUUGGCAGAUAUGAUUAGACCAUAAACGAUAAUUCAUAUUCUUAAGAGUGUUGAUGUCUGAUGAGCAGACUCAAAGCUCACAGAAGAUUACCAUCAUCCACCAUCUCUACUAAAUCAUUCAAUUCAACUAUAAACCGUCUUUCCUCGGAAGGUCUUCAUCGUGAUGUACUCUCCACCUUCUCUUCUAUGCUCAACUCUCACACUCCUCCAGAUGCACAUACUUACCCUAGUCUUUUCAAAGCUUGCACUUUUCUUAACAAACUUUCACUUGGGAUUUCCUUACAUCAGCGUUUAAUCAUUGAUGGGUUUUCUUCAGAUUCAUAUAUUUCAUCUUCUUUGAUCAAUUUCUAUGCUAAAUUUGGUCAAAUUAAGAAUGCCCAUAAUGUGUUUGAUUUAAUGCCUGAGAGAAAUGUAGUUCCUUGGACUGCUAUGAUAGGGUACUAUACACGUUGUGGGGAUAUUGAGAGAGGAAUUUACUUGUAUCGUUUGAUGAGAUAUGAAGGCAUUCAACCUAGCUCUGUUACUUUGUUGAAUAUUUUAUCUGGGAGUUGUGAUAUUUCACUGUUGGAAUGUUUACAUGCUUGUGUUAUUCAGCUUGGUUUGAGUUCUGAUCUUAAUUUGGGUAACUGUAUGCUGAGCUUGUAUGGUAAAUUUGGGAGAAUUUAUGCUGCAAGGGAUUUAUUUGAAGCUAUGGUUGUGAAGGAUGUUAUUUCAUGGAAUUCAUUGGUUUCGGGUUAUGGACAAGCUGGGAAUUCCAAGGAAAUUUUGCAGCUUGUUAAGAGAAUGAGAAGUGAAGGUAUAGGCCCUGACCAACAGACUUUUGGUACUCUUUUAAUCGCCUCCGAGACUUUUUCAGCUGAUGUUGAGUUAGGAAGACUGAUACAUGGGCAGAUUAUAACAAGUGGUUUGCCUGUGGAUGCACAUUUAGCAACUUCACUAGUAGUCUUGUACUCGAAAUAUGGAAUAGUCAGUAGUGCAUUUAGAGUAUUUGAAAGGGUAUUAGAGAAGGAUGUGAUUCUCUGGACAUCAUUGAUAUCUGCCUUUGUACAGAAUGAUAACGCACAUAGCGCGUUGAUGAUCUUUCGAGAAAUGCUGGAUUCUUGUAUUACACCAUCCACAUCAACAAUAGCAACCGUUCUUGCUGCGUGUGCAAGAGUCGGUUCGCUUCUACUCGGGACAUCAGUACACGCAUACCUACUUCGCCAAAAUCUGACUUUAGAUACUCCUGUCCAAAAUUCACUUAUUACUAUGUAUGGGAAGUGCGGUCUUUUAUGGCAGAGUUCUGCCAUUUUUAACAAUAUGAAUGAAAGAGACAUGGUUACAUGGAAUGCUAUUGUUGCAGCAUAUGCUCAAAAUGGCGACUUGUCGGAAGCAUUAUGCUUGCUUAAUGACAUGAGAUCAACGCACCAAAAACCCGACUCUAUUACUAUCAUUUCCCUGCUUAAGGCUUGUGCUUCUACUGGGGCGCUCCAACAAGGGAAGUGGAUUCACAAUUUUAUCAUUAAAAACAUUUUUCAGCCGAGCAUAAUGGUAGAGUCGGCUUUGGUUGACAUGUAUUCAAAAUGCGGUGACCUGAAAACUGCUCACAAUUGUUUUAAUCAGAUGCCAAAGCAUGACAUUGUCUCCUGGAGCACAAUAAUUACAGGGUAUGGUAGUCAUGGAAAAGGGGAGAUGGCAUUCAAGCUGUUUUCCGAGUUCCUACGCUCAGGAUUACAGCCCAACGAUGUCAUAUUCCUUUCUGCCCUCUUUUCGUGCAGCCAUAAUGGGCUGGUUUCUGAAGGUCUCAACUUAUUCAAAUCAAUGAUACAAAAUUUUAAGAUCGAACCAGAACUUGAACACCGUGCUUGCGUUGUUGAUCUGCUGUGUCGUGCAGGAAGGUUAGGAGAGGCGUAUGAUUUCAUAAGGACAAUGUUCUCUACUCCAACAAUUGACGUUUUAGGCAUACUUCUCGAUGCGUGUAGGAUUAAGGGUGAUGAGAAACUAGGAGAAAUUGUAGCACAAGAUAUCAUGAUGUUGAAACCUGUUUCAGCUGGAAAUUAUGUGCAGUUGGCUCAUAGUUUUGCUUCUAUGAACCGAUGGGAAGGCGUAAAUGAUGCAUGGACCCAAAUGAAAGCUCUUGGGCUGAAAAAACUCCCUGGUUGGAGUUAUUUUCAACAUCAUGGGACGAUUACCAUUUUCUUUAAUGGUCAGAGUGAUCAUCCUGUGAACGAAGAGAUGUUAUCGGUCUUGGAGAUUCUGGCUUAUGAAAUGGAUGACAUAAAUUUCAAACUGAGUUGCAGCAAUUAAAAUUCCAUAUGCUAUAAAAUCAAUAUUCAAUUUUCGGAUAAUACAGUUUAUGUCGAUGAAAAGCAUAUCAUCGUUCAAUACCUUCCUCGAUAAAUCUGCUGUACUGCAUUGUAGAAUAGUUGUCACUUGUCAGCAUCGUCUGUGUUUUCCAGCCCGAAGAAAUGGUGGAACCAAUUUUCCUGUGUUAAGGUACAAUGAUAUAACAUAUGGAUGGCUAUUGUAUGCACAUAUGAUUUGGGUGAGUUUUGAUUAUUAAAUUGAUUCUUUAUCAGUAAUUGUUACACAUAAGAGCUGGAUAGUAUCUGUAACAACCCUAGAUUUUGAUCUGCAUUUCCUAGCUGAAGUUAGCUUUGAUGAGUAGUUGGGUAAUCAAAAUUGUACUAUAUCUGUGGUGCAAAAAGAGUAAAAACUUGCAGUUGGGCAAUCAUAUUAUAAUUGCAUCAAAUAC